AUGGUAACAAGAGAAUGUAGCAGACCAUCUAGAGCAGAUAUCCCCAGCAGUGCUGGCAGAGGAAACUGGGGGAGCAAGAGGAGAAUCACCGGGUCUCCCGAGUGCAUUCAGCAAGUGCACGGAUUGAAAAAACGUACAAGGAAGGCCUUUGGAAUACGGAAGAAAGAAAAGGACACUGAUUCUACAGGUUCACCAGAUAGAGAUGGAAUUAAGAAAAGCAAUGGGGCACCAAAUGGAUUUUAUGCGGAAAUUGAUUGGGAAAGAUACAACUCACCGGAGCUGGAUGAAGAAGGCUACAGCAUCAGACCUGAGGAACCCGGCUCUACCAAAGGAAAGCACUUUUAUUCUUCAAGUGAAUCAGAAGAGGAAGAAGAAUCACACAAGAAGUUUAAUAUAAAGAUUAAGCCAUUGCAAGCUAAAGACAUUCUUAAGAACACUGCAACUGUAGAUGAACUGAAGGCAUCAAUAGGCAACAUUGCACUUUCCCCAUCACCAGUGAGGAAAAGUCCGAGGCGCAGCCCGGGUGCAAUUAAAAGGAACUUAUCCAGUGAAGAAGUUGCGAGACCCAGGCGUUCCACACCAACUCCAGAACUCAUAAGCAGAAAACCUCCAGAUGACACCAUGGCACUUGCUCCACUCUUUGGCCCACCAUUAGAAUCAGCUUUUGAUGAACAGAAGACAGAAGUUCUUUUAGAUCAGCCUGAGAUAUGGGGUCCAGGCCAACCAAUUAAUCCAAGCACGGAGUCGCCAAAGUUAACAAGGCCUUUUCCCACUGGAACACCUCCACCACUGCCUCCAAAACACGUACCAGCCACCCCACCCCGAACAGGCUCCCCCUUAACAACUGGACCAGGAAAUGACCAGUCAGCCACAGAGGUCAAAAUUGAAAAACUACCAUCAAUCAAUGACUUGGACAGCAUUUUUGGCCCUGUGUUGUCCCCCAAGUCUUUUGCUGUUAAUGCUGAAGAAAAGUGGGUCCAUUUUUCUGAUACAUCCCCGGAACGCGUUACUCCAGAGUUGACUCCAAGGGAAAAGGUGGUGUCCCCACCAGCUGCCUCAGACAACCCAGCUGACUCCCCGCCUCCGGGCCCCCCAGGCCCUCCUGGCCCCCCAGGACCUCCGAGUCCUCCUCGCAAUGUACCAUCGCCACUCAACUUAGAAGAAGUCCAGAAGAAAGUCGCUGAGCAGGCCUUCAUUAAAGAUGAUUACUUAGAAACAAUCUCAUCUCCUAAAGAUUUGGGGCUGGGGCAGAGAGCAACUCCGCCUGCCCCACCACCACCCACCUACAGGACUGUGGUUUCAUCCCCCGGACCUGGCUCCGGCAGUGGUACGGGGACCACCAGUGGUGCAUCAUCCCCUGCUCGGCCAGCCACCCCCUUGGUUCUUUGCAGCACCACGACCCCACCUCCACCUCCUCCCCGGCCUCCGUCUCGGCCAAAGCUACCUCCAGGGAAGCCUGGAGUUGGAGAUGUGCCCCGACCUUUCAGCCCUCCCAUCCAUUCUUCCAGCCCUCCUCCGAUAGCCCCCCUAGCCCGGGCUGAGAGCACUUCUUCAAUAUCGUCCACCAAUUCCUUGAGUGCAGCCACCACCCCGACAGUUGUGUCAGAAGAUGAUGUUUUUUAUGACAAACUGCCCUCGUUUGAAAGGCGCUGUGAAACGCCUGCAGAGAAUGAACAGCCUUCCCUCGUUUGGUUUGACAGAGGAAAGUUUUAUUUGACUUUUGAAGGUUCUUCCAGGGGACCCAGCCCCCUAACCAUGGGAGCCCAGGACACCCUCCCUGUUGCAGCAGCAUUUACAGAAACGGUCAAUGCCUACUUCAAAGGAGCAGAUCCGAGCAAAUGUAUCGUGAAGAUUACUGGAGAAAUGGUGUUGUCCUUUCCUGCCGGUAUCACCAGACACUUUGCCAACAACCCAUCGCCAGCUGCCCUGACUUUUAGGGUGACAAAUUUCAGCAGGUUAGAACACGUCCUGCCAAAUCCCCAACUUCUCUGCUGUGAUAAUACCCAAAAUGAUGCCAAUACCAAGGAAUUCUGGGUAAACAUGCCAAAUUUGAUGAUUCAUCUAAAGAAAGUGUCGGAACAAAAGCCCCAGGCUACAUAUUAUAACGUGGAUAUGCUCAAAUAUCAGGUGUCAGCCCAGGGCAUUCAGUCCACACCUCUGAACCUGGCAGUGAGCUGGCGAUGUGAGCCGGCAAGCACAGACCUGCGCAUAGAUUACAAAUACAAUACGGAUGCAAUGACAACGGCCGUGGCCCUCAACAAUGUGCAGUUCCUGGUCCCCAUAGAUGGAGGGGUAACCAAGCUCCAGGCUGUACUCCCACCAGCAGUCUGGAAUGCUGAACAGCACAGAAUAUUGUGGAAGAUUCCUGAUAUUUCUCAGAAGUCAGAAAAUGGAGGAGUGGGCUCUUUAUUGGCAAGAUUUCAGUUAUCUGAAGGCCCAAGCAAACCUUCCCCAUUGGUUGUGCAGUUUACAAGUGAAGGAAGCACCCUUUCUGGCUGUGACAUUGAACUUGUUGGAGCAGGGUAUAGAUUUUCACUCAUCAAGAAAAGGUUUGCUGCAGGAAAAUACUUGGCAGAUAACUAA